AUGACAUCUAAACCUCAAACCCAGUCCCUGAAUUGCUCAUUCACGGUGCCCGGCCGGCAUCCAACAAACGUACACAUCACCAUAAAACCCAACACAGACCCCAAAAGAUCAGGCAGCGCUCUCCUCUUCCCUUCCCAACCCCUCUCCUCCUUCCUCGACUUCCCCGCCUGCACUGCCACUGUCACUGCACUCUCAAACUACGGCUACGCAGCAACAUACGGCUGGAUACAAUUUGUCCGCGAGGUCCCAUUGCAUCCCGAAACCACAGACGCGGAUUCUGGUGUCUGGGAACACGAUCCCAUCCCCAUAACCGCAGAUCUGAACACGCCGUUUAUCUAUUUCGGCAUUGCACCUACGCUUUUUGAUGCUCCGUUCCGUAUACAUAGAACGGAUAUGGAGUGGACUAGCUGGAGCUUUUUGACGUAUAUUGAGGAUUCCGUCAUGACGAAGGAGAUUCGUCCGAUUUUCGGAUUCGAGUGGGGUUUUAGGGUUGAAGAUGGCGAGGUCAGCAUAAAAGUGUUGCGGAUGGUGGAUGUGAGUGAGGCUUGGGAGUCACAGCGGGAUUUACUGGAGGAAAAAUUUCCUGGUUGGAGGUUUGGGACAGUGGAUGGGGAGGUGAUGGUGAAGGAGGGGGGAUAG